AUGCUGGGACAGCUUAAUUUGACGGCUCGUUCGACUUUUUAUUGUUUCGAAGGAAUUCCCGACCCACCAGCAAUCAAGGUCUACGAGCGUAUCAAGCCUCCUGGCGCUACAAAUUCUUUAGCGCCUCUCGCCAAAAAACUUUCCGACGUGUCGAUGUGUUCGAAAAAGAGCACGGUGUCGAUGGGUUUCAGCUAUUUGUCAGGCGAAAGUCCAAAAUGUGAUCGUCCACGUUCGAAAUCGAUCCCGAACGACCGCUGCAAACUGGAACGGUCGAACUCAUGGAAAGACAUCAUCAAUGCUGAUAAAUCGAAAGCUAAACAUAAGUUGAGACGUCGACCCGGAAUGAAGAUUGUGCCUCGGAAAAAGGAGACUGCCCAGUUUUACACCGAUUCUGACUCAACUAGCUCUACUGUUCCUGUUCAUCUGCCACAAACUGAGAUGUUUCAACAUUUCUCUGGAAUGCCUCCUGACCCUGAUGUGAUGAUGGAAGGCUAUCUGUACAAAAGAUCGUCGAAUGCUUUCAAAACGUGGAAUCGACGGUGGUUCCAAAUAAAGGAUAACAAAUUGUUGUACUCUCAUCGCACCGCAGAGUCAGAAGAACCCACGGUAAUGGAGGAAAACUUGAUGUUGUGUCUUGUUCGUCCAGCUCCAGCGUCAGUUGAUCGCGUCGGCUGCUUCGAGCUAGUGACACCCACCCGAAGUCAUCUUCUGCAAGCCGACUCUGAGGCUUUGUGCAAUGAUUGGAUGCGUGCCCUGCAACGAACCAUUUUAGCCCUUCACGAAAGUGAUGAUGCCGCUCGUCCCAGUUCGUCCAGCAAGUCAUCGGACAAUCGCAGUGUUACUACACCCUCUGGCGGAGUUUCUCAAUCUGGAAGUGUCCCUGCUCUAACAGUAUCGGAUGCUACUACGACGUUCGAGCAAAUUCGUUGA